UGGCUCAAACACAAAAAAUAAAACUUGGAAUACGAGCGAGCUGGCGUUUUACCUUUCCAUUUGCAAUACGACAAAACGCACGCUGCUUAACCCUUGCCUCCGUUCUCUAAAGACGCCCUCCAGCGGAACGAUCCACGGAGAACGUUCUCCGGCCUCAUUCAACGGCCAGAUUUCGUCCACAUCCGUCUUCAUGAUGAGCAGGUGACUUUGUCUUGCUGCUAUUGAACAAGUAAUUCCUGAUUUUUGGGAGUAUGGCUUUGUCGAUCUCUAGAAGGAUUGUUCGUUCUUUUGGGUCAUUGUCUGCCUUGGGGCGUCGCGAUUCUUUAAGUGUCACAUUACAUUCUUGUCAAGAUUCUGAUUUGAGUGGCCAUAUUUCUGGGGAUAAGUUACCUCAUGCAGAAUGUUUUAGCUUUUCCAAGAGUGGUCCGUCCUUCCUUGCUUGUCGGAGGUUUUCAACUAAAAUUUUGACUCCUAAUCCAAGUGGAGGUGACUUUCCAUCUGAUUUGCUGUCUUCAAAGACUGUACAAACACCAGAACGUACUAUAGGACUUUACCAGGACCUGGUAAUUCCUGUGACAAAUUUUCAUAAUGAAGACAAAGGCUUAAUGGUUUUGGCUGGUGAUGUCUUUGAUGUACCUAUUAGAAAGGAUAUUAUCCACCGUGUUGUACUAUGGCAGCUUGCAAAGCGACAACAGGGAACUCAUUCAACAAAAACUAUUAGUGAGGUUAGUGGGACUGGUAGGAAGCCAUGGCAACAGAAGGGCACUGGUCGAGCGAGGCAUGGAACACUGCGCGGCCCCCAGUUUCGAGGUGGUGCUACCAUGCAUGGCCCUAAGCCAAGAAAUCAUGCUAUUAAGUUGAAUAAGAAGGUUCGACGUCUUGGACUGAGGAUUGCUUUGUCUGCUUGUGCUGCAGAAGGAAAGCUUCUUGUCUUUGAGGAUUUGGAGGUCCCUACACAUAAGACCAAAAAUAUUGUGAACUAUGUAAACCAAAUGGAGAAUACCAAGAAACUUCUGCUGGUGGAUGGUGGCCCCAUAAAUGAAAAAUUGAAGCUAGCUACACAAAAUCUACAUUAUGUCAAUGUACUGCCGUCAAUUGGCUUGAAUGUCUAUAGCAUCUUGCUGCAUGACACGUUAGUGAUGUCCCGUGAUGCUGUUAACAGGAUUGUUGAGCGAAUGCACACCCCAAUCAACCGUUGAACUAGAAUUGUGUGCCUUUUCUUCUAUUAGUUUUCUUUUGGAUUAGGAAGCCUAGCAUUUUUCUAGAAGCAGCUGAAAAUAAAAGUAAAAAAAAACCCCUCAAACAAUUUGUGUUAUCUCGAUAAAAUUUUCAUGCCUGGUUUGAUGUAUGUGUAUUUUAUUUGCUGAGCCAAAAAACAGAGUGCUGUCGACUUUGGCUAUAAAGACGGGUUUGUUACUUUCUCUUC